GCCCGCCAUCUUGGUCACGGAAAGCCCCACCCCGGAAGUCGUCCCCGCAGUACUUCCGCUCACGGCUGAGUCUAGAAGAAGGGAAGAUUCCGUAGUAUGUCCGGCACCAAGCCCCCUGGUCACAAUUGGAGCCGGAAACCGAAAGAAGAGGAGGAGGAAGGCGAGGAUGCUUUUGACAGCAUGAUUGCCCGCACUGGUUGCGCCUCUUUCCACUAUGCGGUGCAGGAGUGUAUGGCGGAGCACCAAGACUGGAGGAAAUGCCAGCCACAAGUGCAGGGCUUCAAGGAGUGCAUGAAGGAGCACCAGAAGAAGCAAGCGGAAGAGUAUCGGAGGCGGCGGGAGAUGCACCAGGCCCCCGGCUAAAGAGAGGUUCUUUCACAAGGCACCAGAAACAUGUGCCUAUUUCAAACAGAGACUUGUGGGGCCUAAUCCUGGAAAAAUGUGCACCCUUUUUCUAUCAUGCAUACUGUUAAACAAUAUUUGAUUCCAAAAAGAGCAAUAGGAUAUAUUCUCUUACACAAUAAACAAACACGAAA